AUGUUUGUCUACAAGAGAGAUGGCCGUAAGGAACGCGUGCAGUUCGAUAAGAUCACAGCUCGUGUUUCACGACUUUGUUAUGGCCUCGACCCCGAGCACGUCGAUGCUGCUGCCAUCACCCAGAAGGUCAUCUCCGGUGUCUACCAGGGUGUUGGAACUAUUGAGUUGGACAACUUGGCUGCUGAGACCGCGGCCUACAUGACCGUCACACACCCUGACUACGCCAUCCUGGCUGCCCGUAUCGCCGUUUCCAACCUCCACAAGCAGACAAAAAAGCAAUUUUCCAUGGUCAUCUCCGAUCUUUACCACUAUGUCAACCCCAAGAACAACAAGGCUGCUCCUAUGAUCUCAAAGGAACACUACGAGAUUGUCAUGAAGCACGCCGAGGAACUCAACUCGGCUAUCGUGUAUGACCGCGACUUCAACUACAACUACUUCGGUUUCAAGACCCUUGAGCGCUCAUAUCUGCUCCGUAUCAACGGUGCUGUGGCUGAGCGUCCUCAGCACCUGCUCAUGCGUGUUGCUGUUGGAAUUCACGGUGAGGAUAUUGAGAAGGCCAUUGAGACCUACCACUUGAUGUCCCAGAAGUACUUCACCCACGCUUCCCCUACUCUGUUCAACGCCGCCACUCCUUCGCCCCAGCUUGCCUCUUGCUUCCUGGUCGAUAUGAGUGCGGACAGCAUUGAGGGUAUCUACGACACUCUCAAGACCUGUGCCAUGAUCUCCAAGACCGCUGGUGGUAUUGGUCUCAACGUCCACCGCAUCCGUGCUACCGGUUCUUACAUCGGUGGAACUAAUGGUUCCUCCAACGGUAUUGUUCCUAUGCUGCGUGUGUACAACAACACUGCUCGCUACGUCGACCAGGGUGGUAACAAGCGUCCCGGUGCCUUUGCUAUCUACCUCGAGCCGUGGCACGCUGAUGUCUUCGAGUUCCUCGACCUCCGCAAGAAUCACGGUAAGGAGGAAGUCCGUGCUCGUGACCUCUUCUACGCUCUGUGGACCCCCGAUCUCUUCAUGAAGCGUGUUGAGGCCAACGGUGACUGGACUCUCUUCUGCCCCAACGAGGCCCCCGGCAUGGCCGACGUCUACGGUGAUGAGUUCGAGGCUCUCUACGAGCGUUACGAGCGUGAGGGCCGUGGUCGCAAGACCAUCAAGGCUCAGAAGCUCUGGUACGCUAUCCUUGAGGCCCAGACUGAGACUGGUAACCCCUUCAUGCUGUACAAGGAUGCUUGCAACAAGAAGAGCAACCAGAAGAACCUUGGUACCAUUCGCAGCUCCAACCUGUGCACUGAGAUUAUUGAGUACAGCGCUCCUGAUGAGGUUGCCGUGUGUAACUUGGCCUCUCUGGCUCUUCCCACUUACGUUGAUGCUGCCCGUGGCGAGUUCGACUUCGGCAAGCUUCACGAGGUUGUCCAGGUUCUCGUUCACAACUUGAACAAGAUCAUCGAUGUCAACUACUACCCUGUCCCCGAGGCCAAGAAGAGCAACUUCCGUCACCGCCCCAUCGCUCUCGGUGUCAACGGUCUCGCCGAUGCCUUCCUGGCUCUGCGCCUGCCUUUCGACUCCCCCGAGGCCAGACAGCUGAACACUCAGAUCUUCGAGACCAUCUACCACGGUGCUUUGACUGCCUCGUCUGAUCUCGCCAAGAAGCUCGGCACCUACGAGACUUACCCUGGCUCUCCCGUCUCCCAGGGUAUCCUGCAAUACGACAUGUGGGACCGCACUCCCACCGACCUCUGGGACUGGGCCUCCCUGAAGGCUAAGAUUGCCGAGACUGGUGUGCGCAACUCUCUUCUCGUUGCUCCCAUGCCUACUGCCAGUACCUCUCAGAUCCUCGGCUUCAACGAAUGUUUCGAGCCCUACACCUCAAACAUCUACUCUCGCCGUGUCCUCGCCGGCGAGUUCCAGGUCGUUAACCCCUGGCUCCUGAAGGACCUCGUCGACCUCGGUCUGUGGUCCGACAACAUGAAGAACCGCAUCAUCGCCGACGGCGGUUCCGUCCAGAAUAUUCCCAACAUCCCCGCCGACAUCAAGGCCCUCUACAAGACCGUCUGGGAAAUCUCCCAGCGCAACAUCCUGCAGAUGGCCGCCGACCGUGGUGCCUUCAUUGACCAAUCCCAAUCCCUCAACAUCCACUUGAAGGAGCCCACCAUGGGCAAGCUCACCAGUAUGCACUUCGCAGGCUGGAAGAUGGGUCUCAAGACCGGAAUGUACUACCUCCGCACCAUGGCCGCCUCCGCACCUAUCCAGUUCACUGUCGACCAGGAGCAACUCAAGGUCGAGGACACCAACGUUGCUCGAUCCAAGAAGCGCGUUCCCGGCAACGCUGCUGCUUCUUACUCCGCUGUUCCUCGUGCCGAGAUCCCUUCUGCCCCCGCACCUGUCCAGGAGGCUCCUCGCACUGUUGUUGUUGAGGCUACUAUUCCUGCUGAGGCCGAGGUGAAGACUGAGGCUGACGCCAAGACUGAGGCUGAUAUCUACUCCGAUGCCGUUCUGCAGUGCAGUAUUGACAACAAGGAGGACUGCCUCAUGUGCUCUGGCUAA